AUGUGUCGACGGCUGGCCACGCAACUGUUCAAGGGGGAUGGCUGCUUUGUUGCAACCAUGUUGACAAGGCAGAUUCACAGGACAGCUGCCAAAGAAGGCCGACUUCCAAACUGUUUGUACAUUGGAGCGGACAACACUCCAAAAGAGACGAAGAAUACAACUGUGAUUUGUUGGGCCAUUUUCUUGUUGGCAAGUCUUCGAGACACUGCGCUGUCGGCCAUUGAGUUUCCAGUACCCGCUUGCAGAACGUACUACACAAUGGAGGAGAUGGCGGACAUAUCGACUUCAUGUCUCAAGGCCGUCAGGGUCAACUGGUCUCACCACGGAUCCACCUACAAUUUUGCUCAUCUCAGAAGGCUCUUUGGCAUUGAGGUUCACAGAUACCGGAAUGUGCACGCAUUGCGACUCUAUGUUGACUCAUCAGGUUUGUGGGUGAAGUGGAAGCAGUAUGUUUCGAAUGAAACUUGGUGCCAGCCGCGUUUGGUGGCUGAGUUUGAUCGCCUUGAUGUAUUCGCAGCUGCAAAGCCUCCCUUGGUGGCUCAUGAGUUCGGUGAGUUGGAGAAAGGCAAGCAUCUGCACUUCUUGAACAGGCUUGAACGAAUGUUGGCCGAUUUGAAAUGCGCGCAUUUGGGGCCAUGUCAGCUGGUCAGCCGUGAUGCAGAGAGCAUGGCAAUCCCUGAGGACAUCUACUACUCCAUUUCCAUGGGCGCAGACAUUGGGCAUUUGCCACAGGAUUCUCUUGUCAGUGUAACGGGAUUGCCAGAGAACCGUGAGCCUGCCAAAAAGGCCUACAUCCAGCCUGGAAACUUUUGUGUGGUGGCGGGCAAAGAUCGGCUGCCCAUAGUUCUGGGAGUUGUGAUGGAGCUGGUGCAGUACAAUGGUGAGGAGCAGGGCUUGUUUGGGUGGUAUCAUCCACUUCGCACGCCAGAGAUGAACUUCAAAGCCGGCCGCAAGAAGAAAGUGCUCGACAUCUUUGGGAGUUGGGUACCGGCUGAUGAAAUAUCUUUGAACGAAACGGAAGUGCUUCCAUCCGUGAUGCAGCCGGCUGCGAAGAUUCUUGUGUGGGAUUUUGAGCCUGAGCCCAGUGAUGAGGGAAACCAGGGGUCUGUGCUGAUCCCUUUUGCUGUCUAUGAUCAGCUCAUGGGCUUGCACGGAGUUGACAUGACAGGGUUGAGCCUUUCUUCAACGAAGAGAGGAAAUUUGUUUCGCACGCAUCGCUUGAUGCAGUGA